AAGAACAUAUCACCAUCAGGGAUAUCUCUGGAAUUAUUUAGGCAUGACAAAGUUAAAGGAGGACAUCAGCGAUGCAGAUCAGUCAUAGAGAAUUUAGUUCUAGAAGUUACAGAUAAUAAAGGGAAAUAUUGUGGUGGGAUUCCAAAAGAGGAGUUGGCCAAAGGUCUCCAUAACAAUAUCAGGCAGAUGAAAUCAUACAGAGAUAACUGGUGCUACAGGAGAUACUGGAUAAAGAGUGGGGAUGGCUGUAGAAUCUGAUGUGUCAGAAUGGAAAACCUCAGAAAAGAAAGAGUAGAAAGAGGGUGUACUUGCUAUAUUUUUACAAGAAUAUACAAAUCAAAACAGAAUCACUGAAACAAAGAAAGCGGUCUGAUUUCUUGAAAGUGGUUUUGCAUGUUUUCUCCGAAACUAAAACAGGAGAUGGCUCAAUCUUUCUUCAGAAACUCUUGUUUUAUUUAGCCAGGUUUAAUAAAUGUGUGCUUAUGAGUGGGAAAAAAAGUACUGACCACUGGAUAUUUGAGGUUUUUUUCACCCUAUGUUUAGUUCUUUUUUUUAAGGCGUCUCUGAAUUAGCUACUUGGGCUGGUGAACCACAUUAGUAUCAUUAUCAAAUUGUGGUCAGGAAGCCGUACAUUUCUGAUCGAUUCCAUAUCAAUAAUCCUUGAGGAUUCCCAAUAUAACUACAAUCUCUCCUCAGCGCAUGUUCAGCCUCAACUGAGGAAGUAAACCAAUGAGGAAGUCCAGUUAGGAGGACUGACUUGAUUGAUUCGCUAGCAGGAACAGAGUGUAGCACAAUCUAAGUUACACAGGGAGCAAGGGUCACUGGGUGUGCUGGCUGCUUAUGGACAACAGGUGAAGGAGUUUGAAUGUGUGCAUGCUGAAACCCAGGAGACUGCAAAGCCCUGCAAGAAACAUUCUGCUGCUGAGCUCGACAACAAAGGUGUUCCAACAAGUACUAGGUAAUGGCUUCCUGGGUGAUUAAAUAUUUAUGAGUAAAUAUUUAGUUUUCUGUAGCUAGAUUUGUUUGGUGAAUAUUUUGUCUUUCUCCAUUAGAAUGACUGCAUAAUUAUUUUCUACUUCAGUAAAGUAUGAUUUCCUCUAUGAAUCUUGGUUUUUAUUCUCUCCAGAGUAAAACAAUGGACGGAUGUUGGCAGCUUCUUCUCCUUCUGUGCCUUUCUGCAGUGGCUGAAUUCGAAGAAGCAAGCGAUGCACCGCUGGUCAAAAAAAUGACAAAUAAGCUUCUACAAGUCAUCCCUCCAAAUGACAAGUCAAAUGUUUCCAUUCUGGUGAUCAAAGGCAACCAGAUCACUUUGAAUGAGACAGACCAACAAGCCCUGGCUACUUAUACAAUGCUAGUUGAACUGUAUUUAGGUGAGAACCUUGUCACUACUGUGCCGGCCAAAUUCUUCUCUGGGCUAUCACACCUGAGAGUCCUAUCUCUAAGCAGAAACAACAUCAGCAGUCUGGAUCCUGAGGCUUUCUCUAGACUGGAUGUUCUAGAAAAGCUGGACCUUUCCAACAACAAGUUGACGGAUCUCUGUGACAAGACAUUCAUCAACUUAAAAAGUCUAAAGAUCCUGAAUCUACAAGAAAACCCCUGGAACUGUUCCUGUUCUCUGCUUGACACCAUUGGAAGGAUGAAAGAAGCAAAUAUCUCUUUUGGGGGCCCAAACGUCAACUGUGCAUCUCCAGCAGAGCAGAAAGGAAGAAAUCUCCUGGAUUCUAUAAAUCUUUGUUCUACAUCAUCACCAGUCAUUGCGCAUACGGACCAUAAAUCUCCAACACCACCAGUCACCUCUCAACAAUUUAAAGAAAUCAACAAUACGCCAACAACCACUUCAACAAGUCAUAAUUGUACUGUCAGCAAACGUCAGAAACCUUUACUUGGACACACAUGGAAGUUCACAGCCUGCAUUGCCGCCUUGGGCCUGACCACCUGCAUACUCAUCCUCACUGCCAUCAAAGGACCUUCCUGGUACAAAAGCUUCCACAACUACAGACAUCGGAGACUGGUUGAAAACGAUGAAGAAGAGGGCCAGGACACCAUGCCAAGUGAGACAGGAGGGUGCGAGAGCCAGCAGACGUUCACUUUUGAGGAACUGAGUCAUCGGAUACAGGAACAAGACGAGGAGGAUGGAUAUUUUGAGGAUCCAUACAUCAAGAGGACGGAGGAUUCAGAGGAAGAGAUACAAUGAGGAACAGAAUCUCAUUGAGGGGCUGGUAUCAAAUUAGACUGAAUCUAUAAAUUUUAGAUCUGUAAAUGUAGUUGUUUAAUAAACUAAAGAACUAGCUUAUGUAAACUAAGUUUGUUGUUUAGCUUCUAUGUACUGUGAAGAAUUAGUGUUUGAGGUUAACUGAUCCUUCUCCGUGUCAUCGUGUCUGAUUAAAUGAGCAGUGUAAUCAUGUUAAGAACAGGGUAUCUGCAGGUUUUGGCAAAUCAAAUUAAAGACUUUUUAAGACCUUUUUAAUGCAACACUGAAUAAUAUUUAAGACCAAAAAAACUAGAAAUAUUGCAGAUGCUUGGGGGAUCCUGGUGCAUUACAAUCAAAUGUAGCAAAAAUGAUGAAAUUUCUGAGGUUUGUUUGUGGUUCUUGGGAGCAGCUUUGUGCUUCUCACACUGCUUAUGGCUCUCUACAGCCUUAACCCCCUGAGUGCCAAGCUUCAACAUUUCUUUGGCACAAAAUGCAUUGACACACAUGUGAGUUAGCAACAGAAGUGAGCCAAUGGCAAAAACUAACAUCAUCCAUCCAAGUGAUUAUAAAUUUACACUUAUAUAUGACUGACACUGAAAUGCUAGUGCUUGGUAGCAAGGGUAUAUUAGCAGAUAGUUAGUGGUAGCCUCAAUUGCCUCCAGUAACAGGAAAAUAAAAACUACAUAU